CGGAGACACGGAGUAUGGGAUCUGAUGCUAUUUGGCCGCCCAUCGUCAUAAACUAACCACCAUGGCGGCCAUGUAGUUCGACGACGGGAAAAGUUAAAUAUCUUCCUAUCCCGCCAUCGAGUGGAUCGGAAUCAAGGUUGACUACAUACAUACAUCUUGUCACACCGACACAUUGUACCUUGAUGCAUUGCAUCGGCCGGAAUGCACCAUUUCCUUCCCCGGUGCUUACAAUCCAUCAGGCUCCAACGAGAAAACAACAACAUACAUGUGAAAGCCACUCCGUAUGUGGCGUCGAUUCGGAGAGCUUACCUGGCCUGGAUGCCAGGUUCCCUGAUGUGUGCGUGCAGCGCAACUGCAGCCGAGCUGAGCUGUGCUGGCCAGUGCUUCGCGCAUGUCUUACGAAGCAUGCUGGCCAUUGCUAUUUUCUUUUCUUUCAGUGGAUUAUUAUCAAUAUGGUUGAUUGGAUCUUGAUGAUUCGUGUAGAAAAUUUACCAUUAUUUUUGUGAUAUAUUGGUACUCAUACAUAGUCUAAUUUACAAGGAGUUGACUUG